GUUUCCCUAAACGGCAAAGCGCCACCCUAAAAUCCCCACAAAUCUCCUUUCCGUUUGAAGUUUAAUCCCACCUCACUCAACAAGAACCUUAUCAGCCCCUUAAAACGACCUCAAACAUCAUGAAUAUCAAGCCCGAGCUGCCAGAAGGCGACAUUGGUCAGCUCCUUCGAAGUCUGAAUCGCAAGAAUGGCAAGAAGCGGAAAGCCCGUAAAGAACAUCCAGUUGGUGACUUAGCGGCACGUGUGGGCGGCAGGGGCCGCAUCACCCGACGACAGGCUGUCCCAAGAGCUCAAAAUAUCCCAACUGGGCCUAGGGAUGCGAGUACGGUCAGGACCUGGAGCAGUAGAGGGCAGUCGAAAAGUUCGAGAUUCGUUCCGGACACAGAGAGGAGGUACGACAUCAAUAUGUAUGGCAUGAGAGCUUACGAUGACUUCGACUCGGGCUUGCGGCGACUCGAGGAUGACCCAGAUUCAGUCAUUUUGGCGGUGCAUGGCACAUGUCGUCUCGUUCGAGGUGUUGCUAAAGCUGGCUUUGGGGUGUGGGUCUCUGGAUUUGCGGAGCAGUUCAAUCGCAGUGGCCUUGUGCCAUAUUUGUCAGAGCAGACGUCUGAUUUCGCGGAAUUGUUUGCGUGCUUGGAGGCUCUGAGAGUCAUCCAUAAUUUGAUGAUAAUCGGUCAAAACAUAUCUCACGUCAUCAUCAAGACAACGUCUGAGUACUUAGUGAACGGAGUCAGUGAUCUCGUCUGGAUUUGGGCUAGCAGAGAAUACACCAAUGCUAGCGGUCGGGUACGUACUGUUCUUCUAUCUAUUCUGGCCAACAAGUGAUGAAAAUCGUACAAUACUUUGUGACUCUCUUACGUGUCAAUCUUCCUGCUGAUUGGAAUUUUAAAUUCGGAUGAGGCUAACGCGAUACCUCUAUCAGCCUCUUCCGAACGGACGACCAUUCAAGUACCUGCACGAGGAAGUUUUAUCACUGGAAAGAGAGUACGGAAUGCGGGUGUCUUUCUGUCAGGUGGACAUGGAAUUCAAUCAAGCGGCUGCUAGUUUGGCCCAAGAGGCGUUGAAAAGGGUUUAAGGAAAGCAGGACACUAAGGCAUGUAUGAUAUGAAAGAGGUUCGAUGGAGCAUCGGCUUACUUAAAAAUGGGGAGUCAAGGAACGCGGCUUAGAAGUGAUACGCAAGUCGAAGUCUGUACUUUCCUGCUAGCCAAUAUUUUUUCAAUGACUUUCCGUCCCUUUCCCUAGAUCUACAUCUAUAAGGAUUGACGAGAAAUGAACGAUGACUUAUCUGGCUUUGAGCGACAGUCGCUGUCAUCGAUGACAUUGAAAUUCGGACCAAGCUCACUUGCCAUUGCUUUGAUCAAAGUCAUGGCGGCGACAUUUGCCAAGGUUCUACACAUUUAAUUUAGAU